AUGUGUGAGGUUAUUUAUUAUGAUAUGAUCAGACCUGAGACUCUGAACAUGGACAGAGGAGACAGAGAGGAGAUGAUGGUGGACAUCUAUGAAGAUUUAGAUUCAGUAAGAAGUGAUGAAGUGAUAAUAAACACAGAGAUGAUGAGAACAGAGAUACAGCAAGAGCUUCAACAUACAGGAAGAGCCUCAGUGAAGAACAGAAGACACAGAUCAGUUCAAGUGUGUUUGUGUUUACUGUCUGUUCUUCUGUUCACUGCUGUAAUAGUCAUCUGUGUCUACUUCAACAAUGAAAGAAACCAACUACUAACACACAACUAUAACUUGACUAAAGAAAGAGAAGUGUUACAAACACACAACUAUAACUUGACUAAUGGAAGAGAAGAAUUACUUAGAAAAUACAAUAAGUUACUAAACCAGAACAAAAACAAGACUGAUGAACUCUUCAAUGCCUUAACAGAUUUGCACUUCAAUAGCUCUACAUGGAUUUACUACAAGUUCAGUUUUUAUUACAUUUCAUCUGAUUAUAAGAGCUGGAGUGACAGCAGACGAGACUGUGAAGAGAAAGGAGCAGAUCUGCUUAUAAUAAACAACAAAGAGGAAGAAGUAUUUUUGCGUAUGCGUACUGGUUAUGACAUUUGGAUUGGUCUGACAAAAGAAUUGGGAGUCUGGAAAUGGGUUGAUGGCACCACACUGACAUCUGGCUACUGGAUAGGUGGAUAUCCCAUAAAUCCCAAUAAUCCCAAUAAUUGUGCAGUCAUGACUGCAUUUGGAUGGAUUAAUAAUCCGUGUUAUCCAAAGUAUAGAUGGAUAUGUGAAAGAAGAAUUGCUUAAAUAUGUCAUGAUAUAAUGAUGUUUAUAUAAAUAAACCAUGUAGAUAUGUUUGUUUAAUAUGGAAGUAAAUUAAUUCUCUAAGAGUUCAUAUUUUAAGUUUUGACCAUAACUGUCAUAUUCAUAACAUUGGAUUUGCCAUUAAACUGAAGUUUAACAAACACACAACAUUAUAAUGAUGUGUGACCAUAUAAUGUUAUUGGUGUCAUAACUAAAUCAAGUUGGGUAAAAAAUAGUUCUUGCAUUUCCUAGUAUGUUUGUGGUGAAGUUACCAACUCUGAGCUCAUUGUGGUUUUAUUUGUUGUAUGCCAGCGGAUGUAAAAAUAAACUGUGAAAAUGACAAGCGGAUAAUAUACCCAGAAAACAUCAAACUAU